CACCACUCCACCUUGCCUCCUGCCUCUCGCCUUUCUUACCUCAAGGCAAGCUGUCUAGUGUCGACCUCCUGACGCCCUAGUCCUAUUCGCUACUUCGAUCCACAUGGCGGCUCUCGCUGGUCUGAGCAGCAGCAUGGCGGCCGUGCAAUUGACACCGUCCGCCAAAAGCGGCCUCUUUGGCUCGUCGCUAGCAGCCAAGCCUAUGACCGCGCAACCUCUUGCCGGGCCGUCAGUCGUUCGCAUGGCUAUCAAGCGGUGGGAGCGCAAGGAGGUGAAGGACAACAGCCUGCCCGUGCGCCACAAGCUGCACGUGCAAGUGGGCGACACCGUGCAGGUGAUCGCGGGCAAGGACAAGGGCAAGGUGACGGAGGUGGUGCGCGUGAUCAACCACAAUUCGAAGGUGCUGUGCCGCGACAUCAACAUUAAGACCAAGCACGUCAAGGGCAAGGCCGAGGGCGAGGCUGGCCAAAUCAUCCAGAUUGAGGCGCCGAUCCACAGCUCGAACGUGGCUCUGUACUCGAAGCAGCAGAAGGUGGCGAGCCGAGUGGGGCACAAGGUGCUAGAGGACGGGCGCAAGGUGCGGUACCUGCUCAAGACAGGCGAGGUGCUCGACCAACCCGGCGAGUGGAAGCGCACAGCCAAGAAGGAAAAGAAGGACAAGCCCAAGAGCGACUCGUAGAUGGGGUUGGGGUGCACGGAGGGCUACUACUAGCAUGCCAAGUGGAAAGUAUACAUGUUAUGUAGUGCAAUUUAACCACAGGAGUAUUUGCUUCUGGUCUGGGAUGUGGAAUGUGGCUGUGCUCGUUCAGUCCACUCACCGUAUUGAGUUGCCUGCUAGAUGAAAGUAAGGAGUGGUGUGUUGGACAUAUCUCGAGGACUACAGCGUUUCUGAAGUGUAAACACCACACUCGAGGAAGAUCGUAAUGAGUAUCA